AUGAGCAAGCGCUCAUUCGAGGAUUCCAGAGAUGGCCACCUGCCUGACGUGGAUCACAAUGACUCGUUACCAAUUCACGACUUACUCUCCCCCGGCGAGGAACAAGACUCUGGCGCGACCGGCACCACCAAGAAACCUCGGAACUUCAUUGCCACCGUGGCGUGUGAGACUUGUCGACUGAAGAAAACAAGAUGCGACGAGUCACGUCCCAAAUGUGGACUAUGCAAGUCCCUUGGUUUAGAAUGUGUUUACAAUGAGCGGAAAUCAUCCAAGCGUGACCAAUCACUCACAAUGAUUAUGAGCACCCUUCAUCGCCUAGAGACCAAGCUAGAAAACAUUCCGGCGUCAAUAUUAAGCGACCUUGAGCCUCUGCGAGGUCGAACACUGCCCACGUCGCAAAAUAUUCAGGACCUCGGUCGAUCGCCUGCGGUUCUCGAGAAUGACCAUCGAGUUGCCGCCAUGUCAGCUAGUUUCACAUUACCACCAGAAGAGGAUGAGUUUGACUGGGAUGGCAACGAGCCUGCCGCCGAUCAAGCUGGUCAGACGUCAAUUUCAUUCAGUCAGCAUGGUGUCAUCGUAUGGCCGGGGGCGCAGCGAAUGCUUCCUCGAAGGUUGUUGGCAAGUCAUGAAUCGCUGGGCAAGAACUAUGUUGUCGAGCUGGAAUCCACACGGCGACCGUUACCGAUAUUCACCACACCUUAUCCCGUACAUGCAGGGGACCAAUGGCUUCAAAACGUGCCCUUUGCCAUGGUCCGGGGUCUAUCCGAUGCUUUUUUUAGUGUCUUCAACCCAUUCACGCCCAUUAUGGAUAAAAACUUUUUCUUCUCCUUCACUAUUGGUGCUGCCCUUGAAACAGGGUUUGGGUACACGAUGGAAAGUUGUAUUGUGCUCAAUAUUAUGGCGCUGGGAUGCUUGGCUUUGCUUGCACAUCAAGAAGGAAACUACCCCCUACCUGGGACUCAAAGCCAUCGCUUUGAAGCACCUGAAUGGAUGAGUGUGAUUUUGGAAGAGCAGCCGGGAUUGCGCUUUUUUAACGAGGCUCGUCGGCGCAUUGGUUUCCUGCUGUGCGAUAACGACAUCCAAAGCUGCCAAUUCUACCUGCUAUCCUCUCACAAUGUCAACUUCAAUGAGUGGGAAGGCGAUAUGAAAUCUCGCGUGUACUGGAAUUGCCUUAUGAAUGAGACAAUUCUUGUCCAAGAACUUCAUCUCCCACCGAGUGGUCUCUCUCGAUUAGAGGACCAAGUUCCAAUUCCCAAAUUCAUUGACUUUAGCACAACUACCUAUGGAUCUAAUCGCUACCCUUUGUCGAACGUGGUCGACGAUUCCUUCUUUCAAUAUCAUUUUCUCGCCCAGGUCGCGCAUCGCAUCAUCCUCACGCGCAUUCGCCACUCUCUCUACUUCUACUCUGACUCGGGGACUAUUCCUUUGCCGGCCGUCAAUGCUGAGCUCCGCCACCAACUUGAUCAAUGGCGGACUAAUCUCCCAUCUGCUAUUCAAUUUGGAGAUCUAGCGCCCUCUUUUACCUACUCCACACCAGGAGAACAAAUGAUGCAUCAUCCAUCCCCCUCAACACCCGCCUCUCCUCACCCAUCCUCGAUAUCUUCGCCGCGGCCCAUAGACCCCAAUCGCCCAAUUUCUCCUGCUGUAGCAGUAACCGAUGCCAUGCUUCGCGGACGGUAUAUGAUCGCUCAGUUUCACAUCGGUCGCCCGUAUCUUUACAAAGCGCUACUUAUUCCCAACAAAUUAACAGAGGAUGAUAUCGAGCAGAUAAAGAGCGGGCUGUGCAAUGCUAUGGAUUGGCCUAUUACACAGGGAAUUUUUCGCAAGAUGAAAAGCUGCAUUCCUAUUAAAUUUGCGUUUUGUUCUCAGUGA